UCCACAGAUGAUGACAUCUCUGAUCGUUGCAGUGCUCCUCCUUCUCUUUCCGUUGUCUUCUUCUCAGUUACGUGUCAGUGGCAAGAAUGGAGGCACGGCGUGCGUUGCCUGCACACUCAUCGUCGGAAUGACGGAACAACUGUCCCAGUACCACAACCAAUCAGUCGUGGAAGCGAUGGAAAUGAUCUGUCGAUACCUACCGGAAGGAUUAUACAGACGAGCGUGCGACUCUCUGUUUGAAGAAUAUGGAGCAGCUGUCAUCAAACUUUUAGAAACAAAAGAGACCGGAGAUAUUGUGUGCUUAGCUCUAGGUAUGUGCACAAAUGAAACCGGACAUAUUUGUCAUAUAUUUCCUCUUCCGGAAAGAGCUGAUUCUCCAGCUUUAUCGAAGAGGGUCCAAAGAGCCAAUCAAAUUGCACGAUCAGUAAAUGGGUAUUCUCGACUGAGUCCUUGUAGCCUUCCCGGAAUUUCAGAAAUCUGUAAGUUAAUAGACAGAUUUGCUGACGAUCAUUUGCCACUUUAUGAUGUGGACGGGGAUAAGUUUUCUCUAUUGGAAACGUUCAGGGGCUCAUCGUGGCGAGGCAAAGACUGCGAUGAUUUGAACUCUGACAUUUAUCCCGGUCGUCGAUCAACUGGUGAUGCAGAGGUGGAUACUAACUGUAAUGGAAUUGUUGGCAUCGAUCCGGUAACACAUAAUACGUAUGAAGACAUGUGGUGUAAUGGUACACAACAGUAUGGCACCGUGUUACUUGGAGAUAGUGUUGGUGCUCACUUUCAUAUUCCUCCUGCAUGGCUGACUGCUUCGAAACUAAACGAGCUUGUGUUUGAGCAUCUUCCAUUUAUGGUAGAAAACGAACUCGAUUGGCCACAGUUUUCAUCCGUAACAGCCUUCAUGAACAUCUCGUGGUUAGAUGUUAUCGAUGGACCCGUAGAUUCUUUGUAUCUUAAACUGAGGGAGAUAAAUCAGUGCAAUCACAGGGAUUAUCAAAAUAUUGGAGUGAAUGGAGCUCGUUCGAGUGCUAUGGCCAAUGACAUAGUCAAGAGUCUUGCACGACAUCAGGACCUCGACCAUCCACUUUUUAUUGUGCAUGAACUGUUGGGCAAUGAUGUUUGCAACGGUCAUCAUGACAUGAGUCAUAUGACGACUCCUGAAGAAUUCUAUGCGAAUAACAAACGAACAUUUGAGUAUAUUGAUCAGCAUGUACCACCGCACUCUCGAAUGUUUGUCUAUGGUAUCGUUGACGGUCGUAUUCUGUACAAUUCGCUUCAUAAUCGUAUACAUCCAAUUGGGCAACUCAACAACGAUGUGACAUAUUCUGAUCUCUAUGAUUAUUUGAAUUGUUUGGAAAUCUCACCAUGCUUUGGUUGGCUGAAUACGGAUGAGAAAUGGCGUAAUCAGACAACGCAGAGAGGCAAAGAACUAAACUCUGCUUUGAAACGACUGCUCGACGAUAUGACUUUUACUAACCUUGAGGUCUUAUAUAUCGAGGAUGUGAUAAAUGAAACCAUUUCCGUAUGGGAGGCUCAAGGAGGAAAGGUUUGGCAACUACUUGAACCAGUAGAUGGCUUUCAUUGCAAUCAAUUGGCAAACGCACUGGCUGCUCAAGUUGUGUGGUCUAAAGUAGAGAAAGAUUAUCCGCAUUGGAUUCCUCCUGUUAAUCCUAACAAUGCAGAUAUAAAUAAUAAAUUUGGAGACCAAGGAGGAUACUAGAAAUGUAAUAGCAGUGCAACACUAUUAUCUGUAAAGUAAGCACGUUGCAUAGUGCGACUUUGCUUUUCAUUGUAUUGUGCAUCGAGCACAUUCUAGCGUUUCAAUAGUAUGUAUACCACCAAG